CAGCUAUAAUAUCUGGUACAAGAGCCGCAUUAGGUCAAUUUCCCUGGCAUGUACUUUUAAAGAAAAAUAAAAGAGAUAAAAUAAUGUGUGGCGGCUCUCUUAUAUCCGAUAAAUGGGUGUUAACCUGUGCUCACUGUCUUGAGGAACGGCUUUCCAUUUUAUUGGCAUUUGGUACUAUUAAACGGACCAAGAUGGAAGUUUUUAUGACUUCUAAGAAAUUGUUUCCUCAUCCAGAAUAUGAUGACUUAAAUGUAGUUAAUGACAUUGGUCUAAUUGAGCUACCUCAACGAGUGACCUUUAACGAUAACAUAAAACCAAUUGAAUUGAUAUCACCAGCAGAUGCAGCAAAAACUAAUUUUAUUGGCGAUGAAUGUCUUAUCAGCGGUUAUGGAUGGACUAAAGAUAAUGUACGAAAAUGUUCUCUAUGGUUAUUAUAUGGUACUAUAGUAAUUGUCAAUAAGACACUUUGUGAAGAAACUUAUGGAGAAAUUGAGGAUACACUUAUUUGUGCAAAUCCUUCUAAUAAUCCGAAACAAUCUUCUUGCGAUGGUGAUUCCGGAGGUGCGGUAGUUUGGAAGAACCCAGAGAAUAGGCUUGUACAAAUCGGUAUAAUUUCUUUUUCGAUUAAAUAUGGAUGUUCGAAAAAUCCAUCGGGUUUAACAAGAGUUUCUUCAUAUUAUGAUUUUAUUCAUAAUAUAACGGGUUUAAAUUUUAAUUGAUAUUUAGAAAAACUUUUAAGGAUGCAA